AUGAGGAAGAAAACUUUGAGGCCACAUCCGCAUGACAAAAACAGAAAUCUCAUAUUUUUCAUUGUAUGCUGCGUAAUUUUAGUUGCUGCAUAUAGGUAUAAGAGGUACAGGUUUAUAAGUAUAGAAGUUCCUCGUAUAAAAGAAAUUUGUCCAAAUACUGAUGUAACAAUCAAGCAGUUUCACAACAAAUUUUGUUUUGUUGCCAAGACGUUACCACAAUUAAAGAAGCCACGCCUUGCAUUUUACAAAUUAUUUUCGAUUUCGAUUGGAAAUUCAUGGCAGACUGUAAAAUAUCCAUAUAAUACACCUGAAUCUAUAUCAGGUUCAUAUCCAGAAACAACAUUCUGUCUAUACCAUCAAUUUCCUGAAGAAGUUGAAAUCAAUAUCAGUUGCAGCAAUCAACUCAUCAAAACAGACAAAGCUCUUAUCAAAGAUGUCGAUCUCUCGAAUGAUGGAUCAAGUAAUGUUCGCGUAAAUGAUCCAAGUAUGUUUGUUUCAACAGAUUUUUGUGUUGAAAACGAAAACGAAAUAAUAUUUCUUUCGAAACAAGAUAUUUCUACAAAAACAGUUAGUUUGUCACCAAUACAGAACAUUACUUUCGAUGUUCGCAACCCGAAAACUUUUAUAAAGUGGCCAACUGAUAAAUGGACAACAGUUUUCGCAUAUGCGGCAUCCAGAAAGCCAUGGAUGGUCAUAGUGAGUACAUUAAUACCGUUAUUUAAGAAUAAUAUUCUAAUAAAUAAUGGAAUCAAAUUAAAGAGGUUUGGAAUCCUGAAAGAAGAGCAUGAGACAUAUUUUAGAUUGAGCGAACAAUUUAAAGAAGACACGCAUCAUCGAUGUUUCGGUUUUGGAGUUUUUGCAAAAAUACCAAACAUUGAAAAGAGCGAUUACUUUGAAUUCAUUUACAAUUUGACUUUGUCAUAUCCUUCUAAUGUUAUACAUAGUUUUAGAGACUUAUUGGCCAAAUCAAAGAUGAGAAAAAAGAAAAUUGUUGUUGAUGAAUAUUUCGCGAGAGAUUAUCCACAGGUAAUGAAUACACCUCAAUACGAAGUUGUUGUACUCAACCAAAGUGAUCCAAUCUAUAAAAUUGCGGAUACAAUUCAUUCUUCAAAAUAUUACGUGUUCUCGCACUUGACAACAGCAAUAUAUAGUAUAUUCUUGAGUAAGGAUGCCAAAAUGAUAGAAAGAAAGAUAAAUGGCGCCGAUUGUCUCAAAAUUGGAAAACAAAUUUCGAAAUUAGUUGGAUGCGGAUAUAAAGAACUCAAGAAACCAAUAAAUAAUGACUGUUCGAUAAAGUCAUUGCAGGAAUAUAUCGAAAAACUGAUAGAUUUCUCAGAAAAUAAUUAUUUGCAGUUAUUAUAUCAUAAUUUAGGUAUACAAUGA